AUGUCUAGUACUGAAGAGUCAGGAGGCUGGCAACUUACAGAAUCCGACCCAGGGGUGUUCACCGAACUAUUGAGACGACUGGGUGUACCGCUCAUUGUCGACGAUCUCUACUCUCUCGACUCGGAAUCACUCGCCUUGCUACAGCCCCUUCAUGCCCUAAUUUUCCUCUUCAAAUGGAUACCGGAAUCCGCCUCAGACUCCAGUUCAGCCUCAUCUGGGGUCCCCGAUCCAGAGUUUCCCGGCUUCUUCGCUCAUCAGGUCGUUAAUAACGCUUGCGCAACACUUGCAGUGCUAAACGCUCUCGGGAAUAUUCCCUCUCUGGCAAGCGGGCCGGAACUUGCUGAACUCAAUAGUUUCACCACGGGCAUGGAUCCUCAGACUCGCGGCUUGGUAAUUACCAGCGCGGACUGGCUCCGAGAAGCUCAUAACGCUCUUUCGCCCCCCAGCGCUAUCUCUCUGGACGAAUUAGGUUUGCCGAAGAAGUCCGAAGAUGCAUACCACUUCGUGGUGUACCUCCCUUUUAUGGGAUCUGUUUACGAACUGGACGGCUUAAAGCAACAUCCAGUGAACCACGGACCAUACCCUGAAGCUGGUGAGGGCUGGCUUCAAAGAGCUCGUCAAGUAAUCGAAGCUCGAAUAGCCACCUAUCCUCCCGGCGCUCUAGAGUUCAGCCUCUUAGCACUGCGCGAUGACCCCCUACCCGCGCUGCAGGCUCAGUUGACCCAGCUCCAGUCUGCCGGUCUCGACUCUGAGGCCGCUGAGAUUGUGGCUAGACUUGCGAACGAAAAUUCCAAACGCGAACGUUGGGCGUUUGAAAAUAGCUUACGGCGGCACAACCAUACCGGUCUUGCCUACGGUAUCCUCCUUGCGCUGGCCAAGGCCGGCAUGUUGGGAAAGGCGAAAGACGAAGCCAAGCAAGUGAUGAAGACUCGGCUAGAGAAGCGGCGGGAGAGAGGCGAGGACAUGGAAGAGGACUAG